GUUCCGGAGGUGACGUACACGUCAAACGAGCCAAUGUUCCGAAUGGCUGCCAACUCAUCGCAAUGUUGAGGAACGUGUGUUGAUUUUUAUUCCGUAAUCUUGAAAGAACUGUCAGGUGUGCUUGUCAAAACGCGUAAGAUACUCACGAUACAAUGAAAACGACGAAGAGCACAAGUGUCGGGGCCUUUUUGGCUGUGCUUCUGGCCGCCCGUGUCAAUGGUAUCAUGUUUUAUUUGGAGCCCAACUCUCAGAAGUGCCUGAAGGAAGAAGUGCAAGCAAAUGUCUUGGUCACAGGAGAUUAUGAAGUCUCCGAAGCACCAGGUCAAAAAGUCGACACUGUGGUCAAAGACUCCAAGAAGCAUAUUCUGUUUCAAAGGGAGGAUGUGUUGCAUGGAGUGAAAGAGAAAAAAUUCUCUUUUGUUACUGAUACGCUCGAUAAGAUUGAAAUUUGCUUCAUCUCACAUGUUCCAAGCCAUCAGCGUGGUAUAAAGCAGGAGGUUUCUCUAAUUAUUAAGAAAGGUAUUGAAGCCAAGAAUUAUGAGGGUCUGAUUGGCGAAGCUGCCAAAUUAAAACCAAUUGAAGUGGAAUUGAAACGUCUCGAGGAUAUAUCUGAGACAAUUGUACAAGACUUUGCAAGAAUGCGCAAGAAUGAAGAAGAAAUGAGAGAUACAAAUGAGAUGACAAACAGCCGCGUUCUUUACUUCAGUAUAUUCUCAAUGUGCUGCCUCUUAGGCUUGGCUACUUGGCAGGUGCUUUACUUAAGACGUUUCUUCAAGGCAAAGAAACUCAUAGAAUAGAAGAACGCGGAAUACUUCUACCUUCCUGUAUUCGGACAUUCAUCAAUGUCUCAGAUACACCUUGUGAUGUCAUUAGGAGACCCUUUCACUGCUCGAUGUCGAAAGGAUGAACAAUUAACGAAAUAAAAUGAAGUAACAAAGACUUACAGGAAUCUUUGAAAAACAAGAUAUGAUUAUCAUAUAUUUAUUGUAAGAAUAUUGUACAAAGGAACUCUCGACCAUCUUUCUCACUAUGCCACCCAAUAUUUUGUAUUGUACACAAUCCGAAAGGCUUAUUAAACACAAUUAAGGAAAUAAUUUUGUAAA